CUGGGCUCCAGCUAGCGACAUCACAUUUGAGAAGUGAAUAUAGCCUUGGGUCUCAGUAAUAUAUACAUAUAUACCUAGACAUAUCAAAACUCAAGUCCGAAAUGCCUCUUUCUGUCUCGUCGUUGGAACAGUGGUCGGCGGCUAUGGCCACUGAUUUGCACACCCAAUUGGGUGCUUCUGUGCUAGCCAACUUCAAUGCCGACGAGGCCUUGAUUGACCGGGCCACUGUCAUCAAAAACACCACGUCGGUUUUCAACACUAAAAUCGCCGUGGAAGGCGCUCCCGUAACCAACCAAAAAGCCAGUGGCAGAUGCUGGCUUUUUGCAGCCGGCAACGUGCUCCGGGUCCCCCUCAUGGCGAAGUUGGCUCUCAAGGAAUUCCAGUUUUCGCAAAGCUACUGGUUUUUUUACGACAAGUUGGAGAAAUGUAACUUUUUUUUGGAGCAGUUUGCGGCCAACAUCGACUCCACGCCAGCCGAGGGCUUGGACUCCCGGCUCAAUCUGUACUUACUUACCGACCCGACAUGUGACGGGGGCCAGUUUGACAUGUUUAUCAACGUGGUCGAAAAAUAUGGCAUGGUGCCUUACGAUGCCUAUCCAGACGCAUACAGUGCCACGGCCUCUCGCACAUUGAACUUCAUGCUCAAGACGAAAUUGCGUGAGUUUGCAGAGAUCUUGAGGGGUGCCCGUGCACAAGGCGCCGAAGCAGUGGUGCAGCACUUGGCGCAAAUGCAGCGGGAAAUCCAUCGCUUGAUGGUGAUGUUUUUGGGCCAGCCCCCACACCCAGAUCAGCACAUGACAUGGGACUACAAGGAUAAAGACGACCACGUGCAGGUGCUAGAGUUCACGCCCAUGCUGAUGUACAAGAAGGUGGUGGGCGUGGACUUGACGCAGUGGGUGUCGCUCUUGAACGACCCCAGAAACCCGUACGAGUGUGUGGUGAGAAUCGACAAGUUGGGCAACGUCUCGGGCGGCAAGCUGGUGUCGUACUUGAAUGUGGACAUCGACACGUUGGCGGCUUAUGCGGUGCAGCGGAUCCAGAACAAUCACGCAGUGUUCUUCGGCACCCACACGCCCAUCUACAUGGAUAAGAAGCGCGGCAUCAUGGACGAGGGCUUGUUCAAUUACAAGCUUGUUGGCUUCGAGUCGCUGCAGAGCAAGGCCAGUAGAAUCGAGUAUCAGCCAUCGCUCAUGACCCACGCCAUGGUGCUCACUGCAGUGCACUUGGACAAGCUGGGAAACCCGGUGCGCUGGAGGGUUGAGAAUUCCUGGGGCAAGGACUCGGGCCAGGACGGCUACUACGUCAUGGAUCACCAGUACUUCCGCGACUAUGUGUACCAGAUUGUAACGGAGAAAGCGGAGUUGGAGGAAAAGCACCAGGACGCUUUGCUGUCUGAGCCCGUGGUCUUGCCACCAUGGGACCCCAUGGGGGCGUUGGCCACAUUUCAGAACGAGCCAGAGAUGGUAGCAUGAACAGCCGUGUAUUGUCUGAUCGGGAAAGUUCAGAGUUUUUUCUUGGUUCGGAGAAAUCAAUGAAGUAGGCUGGGGGUAUGAUUCAGGCCAAUCGGAUCGAAGAGA